AUGAAUUUUAAUGUUUGGAAUAUCAAGGAGAUGCUCAGUAUCCCCUCAGGCUCUGGGAUCACUAAACCAUCUAACUGGAAUAGUAAUCAGACUGAUUGUUCUUCUCUCAGUGAUUCCCAGUUCCUCUUUGGAUCUCAGUUUUGUUCAGAAAAUUCAGAAAUUCUGUCCACAUCCUUGGAUGCUGGUGCCUACUCAAGACAUCCAAAGCAAACACAACAGAGCUCUGUAGAUCCUCCAGGCUCUUCAAGUUAUAGUGACAUGCUGUACAACUUUGUUUCUCAUUUUCAAGGAGUCAUUCACAAGUUGCAGACAUCUGUGGAAAAGUCUGAGGAACAUCUCAGUAUGAGAAGCCAAUCUAUUUUGGAUUCUUUGGAAACUAUAGCCAAGACAUUUCAAGAGACUGCGCAGGUCCAGCGUGACCUGAUGUUUGAGGCCACGCGAGACAAAGGCAAUAUGGAACAGGCCAUCCUUGAGAUACAGAAGAAAUCUGAAGCCAGACAGACUGAGUUCAUGGAGAUGAAGUCCAACCUGAAGAACCUUGAAGUUCUAGUUGCACAGCAGAGUAAGGACUUCCAGCAGCUUUCUGAGAAGCUGGGCCAGCUCAAUGUGCCUGGUGUCAUAGAAGAGCUGAAAAACCUUAUCUCUGCCCCUCUGGUAGCUGGGCAUCUGAAAGACAGCACCUCCCAGACCUCACCAACUCUGACCCAGAGCCUCCAUCUUACCAGACAGGAAAAAUGCACCUCUGAGGAGCCAUCUGCUCCACAGGGCCAGGUGUCUCCUUCAGGGAAUCAUAGUAGGAGUUCCCAGAGGCCUAGGGAGCUCGGUGUCUGGGAUGCAGGAGCAUCGCCAACAGAUGGGCCCCAUAGAGAAAAUGAAUGUUUGAAGAACAAAAGCCUGCAGACUUGCUGCAAGAACUGGGUUGUCACCACCAGAAACCUCAGUAACCACUGCUCUGGCUCCCCAAGCCAGAAGACUGGCCAUGACCAGGAUCUAAUUGCCCAAGAAGCCUCACAGCUGGACUUAAAUAAGUUUGAAUUCAGAAUGAAGAAUGUCUGCCCCCAAAAUGAAAACGAAAGCAUGUGUUUUGACCAGUUUGAAGAGUCAGCAACUGAACAGAAAGGCAAGACCCGAAGAAAGGGGAGGAAAGGCAAGAAGCAGCAACCCAGGAAAUCACAGAGAAGCAGGCUUCCAGCUAGGAAGAAAGAACAAACUCCAAGGAAGGCCUGUGAUUCCAUCUCGAAGCAUCGCAGCCCCCAGUCUCCAGUUUCUAGCCCACAAAGGCCCCUCAUCUAUUGGCGGGCUCCAAGAACCUCCACAAAGUCAGCCUGUCAUAUUCCGGGAGGAACAGCGAGGACCAGUAAGACAGAAAGGGCAGCACAGGGGAACACCCUGCAAUCUACCCAGCACUCCUCCCCAGACCAUGCAUGCUUAUCUAGCAGUUCCCAGGGGGAUGAGCAGAUAAAUUGGUUCAUUGACCUCAGCUUUGAAAACCCAGAGCCUCCCCUGUGUAACAAGGGAGGGAAGAAUUUGCUCUGUGAUCCGGAUUUUGACAGCAGUGAUGAUAACUUCUAACCUUGCCGACAGUGACUUCAGCUGAUGGCUCAUUGAUCUCAGUUAGAAAAACAAAUUGUGGAACAUUUGGACUGGACAGUAGCAUACAGUAUCUGAAAUUGGCUUAUCCAGCCUCAGAGUCAGAGGCCUUGACUGAUGGUGGUCAGUAGGAGAUGGGCAAGAAUCCAGUACUCUGGGUCAGUCAUGACAAAGGUGUAGAAGUUAGUUAAGGGGAGGAAAUGUGUGGAGACAGUGACGAGAGCUCAGUCAGCCUGUGAUAUGGCAUCAGGAAGGCAGUCGUGUGUAUUUGGUCAAGGGAAGGUGCACGGAGCCAGACAGGAUCACCAUUGCAAGAUGGCACCACAUCCUG